GGUUUCUCUUUCAGGGUUGGCUUAUCUGUUGCUAAAGCCUCCAACUUUUUUUUUUUUUUUCAUUUUUUGUGUUUCUUUGUUCUUGCCCCAUUUUCAUAUUUUAAUGGGGGAAGAGGUGUUUUGAUUGAAGUUGGUUAGCUCAGGCGUGUUUUCGCUGGAAAUCAAAUUUUUAAGAUAAUCUGAAGACAAUAAUUGGUAAAAAGUGAGGGUGAACUUUGAAGGAGGUCUCAAGUCAUAUUUAUGUGUCUAUGAGGUUCAGGGGAGUUAGGAUUGUUUUUAUUUUUUUUUUCCUGUUGAAGUAGGAAGGACAAGAUACUAUUUAUGCAGAGGAAUCUUUUGUGGAGGCUUCCAUCUAAGUGUUUUCGAUAGUAGAGCCAAAUAGUUGGAUCCAAAUCACACACAACCCCUUUACCUUUUUUGAAGCAGCUUCUUUUCGACUAUUCUGACUUGGUAGUAGGUGAUUUGAAAGUACAAAAAGCACAACAGCUAGUAGUGUAGUGGAGUCAAGGGUCUUCCUUUCAAAUUUCUCAUCAAUGAGCAAGUAAAGCAGGGUGCUAUGCUAUGCUAUCUUUCACUGCUUUGAAUCUUGUUGAGUUUUAGAAAGCUUGAAUUGCAUUUUUGCAUUUUGAACUUGGGGCUGCUGCAUCAACCUCGUCUUGCUGCUUUCUGAUCCCCAAAAGGGAAUUGGCAACACAUAUGCUUUGGAUGGUUGUUGAGAGUUCAACCUUUUGAGCAAGGUAGUUUUUGAGGCAUUAUUAUUAUUGGUGCCGAUGAGUCAAGAGCAACAGAAGCGGGGGAAGCAAGAGAAAGGUUCUGAUGGCGUUGAGAAGGUUAUUGUUGCCGUUAAGGCAUCAAAGGAAAUUCCAAAGACUGCUCUUGUUUGGUCUCUCAGUCAUGUUGUUCAACCUGGGGAUUGCAUUACACUACUAGUGGUUGUGCCUUCACAAAGUUCAGGCAGAAGAUUAUGGGGUUUUCCGAGAUUUGCUGGUGAUUGUGCCAGUGGUAUUAAGAAGUACCCUCCAGGAACAAUAUCAGAGCAGAAGAGUGACAUCACUGAUUCUUGCUCUCAGAUGAUCCUACAGCUUCAUAAUGUCUAUGAUCCAAACAAGAUAAAUGUCAGGAUUAAAAUUGUAUCCGGAUCACCUUGUGGAGCAGUGGCUGCCGAAGCCAAGAAAGCACAAGCCAAUUGGGUUGUAUUAGACAAACAGCUUAAACAUGAGGAAAAGCGAUGCAUGGAAGAACUGCAGUGUAACAUUGUAGUUAUGAAGCGUUCUCAGCCUAAAGUACUGCGCUUGAAUUUGAUUGGACCACAGAAGAAGGAAGUUGAAGAAGCAGGUCCAUCACCUUCUGAGCAAGAUGACAUGCCUGAAAACCGAACCAAAAUAAAGCUGGAUUCCUUAAAUUCUAUCAAAGGACCAGCUGUAACUCCAACUAGCAGCCCUGAGCUAGGGACACCAUUCACUGCAACUGAAGCUGGUACUUCAUCAGUUUCAAGCUCUGAUCCAGGAACUUCACCAUUCUUCAUAUCAGAGAUGAAUGGUGAGUUCAAAAAAGAGGAAACUAUCAAGGAAAGUCAAGAACUUGUUGAUACUAAUUCAGACACAGAAAGUGAAAGUCUAUCCACAUCUUCAGCAAGCAUGAGAUACCAGCCAUGGAUAACAGAAUUGCUUUUACAUCAACCAUCAACACAAUGCAAUGAAGAGAGAUCAGAGAUGUCUCACGGUAUGCCUCAAGCAUCAACAACCAGAGCUUUCCUAGAAAAGUAUUCUAGGCUUGAUAGAGGAGCUGGAUUUGAAAUCUCAACCUAUAGAAAUGACAUGGAUUUCAGUGGGAAUUUAAGAGAAGCAAUAGCAUUAUCUGGAAACGCCCCACCUGGUCCCCCUCCAUUAUGUUCAAUAUGUCAACACAAGGCACCUGUUUUUGGAAAACCUCCAAGGUGGUUCAGCUAUGCUGAGUUGGAACUUGCUACUGGCGGAUUUUCACAGGCCAACUUCUUGGCAGAAGGAGGGUUUGGAUCUGUUCACCGAGGGGUUCUACCAGAAGGACAAGUCAUUGCUGUCAAGCAACAUAAAUUGGCUAGUUCUCAAGGUGAUCUUGAAUUUUGCUCAGAGGUGGAAGUCUUGAGCUGUGCUCAGCACCGCAAUGUUGUUAUGCUCAUUGGGUUCUGUAUAGAGGAUAAAAGAAGGCUACUGGUUUAUGAGUACAUAUGCAAUGGAUCAUUGGAUUCACAUUUAUAUGGGCGACAACGGGAUCCAUUAGAAUGGUCUGCACGGCAAAAAAUUGCUGUUGGAGCUGCUCGUGGUUUACGAUAUCUUCAUGAAGAGUGCAGAGUAGGUUGUAUUAUCCACCGUGACAUGAGGCCAAACAAUAUUCUCAUAACUCAUGAUUUUGAACCUCUGGUUGGCGAUUUUGGUCUGGCGAGGUGGCAGCCUGAUGGGGACACAGGUGUCGAAACUAGAGUGAUUGGAACAUUUGGGUAUUUGGCUCCUGAAUAUGCUCAAAGUGGCCAAAUCACUGAAAAAGCUGAUGUUUAUUCCUUUGGGGUGGUAUUAGUGGAGCUUGUUACUGGGAGAAAAGCUGUGGAUCUCACUAGGCCAAAGGGGCAGCAAUGCCUUACUGAGUGGGCACGACCACUUUUGGAAGAAGAUGCCAUUGAGGAACUGAUUGAUCCAAGGCUUGGUAACCACUAUUCAGAACACGAGGUCUAUUGUAUGCUGCAUGCUGCAUCAUUAUGCAUACAGCGAGAUCCUCAAUGUAGACCACGCAUGUCACAGGUUCUCCGAAUACUAGAAGGUGACAUGGUGAUGGACUCAAAUUACAUCUCAACUCCAGGUUAUGAUGCAGGAAACCGGAGUGGUAGACUUUGGUCAGAGCCGUUACAAAGGCAGCACCAUUAUAGUGGUCCCCUUUUAGAAGAGUCUCUGGAGUCCUUCAGUGGAAAGCUAUCCCUUGACAAGUACAAGCCUUCCUAUUGGGGAGAUAGGGACAAGGCUAGAAGGGCUUCAUGUGUAGAUGACAUCUGAAGUGAUUAAUGAUGAAAAGUUGCAUUCUUGUUAUGCUAAAUAUAAAAUAUGUUUGUUACCCACCUAUUAUUUUGUUGUUUCUUAUUUCUUCUUUUUGUUCAAUGGGAUCUGAUUUUGCAUCUGUAUAGCAGAGUGAAAGUAGGAUAGGUAAGUAUAGAAAACCUUUUGAAAAAUUUCAGGAAAUCAUGUAAACUAGUGCCUAAAUGACCUUGGCAGACUUUAAGUGCUGUCUAUGGUCUUCACUCUCUCUCCUUGAUCAAUUACAUGGUCCAAGACUAUCAUGAUUCUGACCCAUUUUCACUUAACA